UAUGUACCUGCCUUAUCCGUGGAAUCCCAAAGUCGACAAACAGUAAACAGUAAUAAUGACGAUAGACGAUAAUAAUUCCGUCUACGUCGGCGGCCUCCCUUACGACAUCGCCGAGGAGGAUCUCCGCCGUGUUUUCUCCAUAUACGGCACCAUUCUCAACAUCAAGAUUGUGAAUGACCGGAGUGUAAGAGGCAAGUGCUAUGGCUUUGUUACAUUUUCAAAUCGUCGAUCGACUGAUGAUGCUAUCCAUGACAUGGAUGGAAAAAGUAUUGGUGGGCGUGUGGUGCGUGUGAAUGAGGUGACGACAAGAGGUGGUGGAAGAUUGAAUCCAGGUCAAGGGCGGUUUCAACAACACAGCCCUGAUAGAAGAAGUGAUUAUGACAGGGAUCGGUACAGUGAUAGGUCCCGAGAACGGGAUAGGUCUCAGGACAGGAGGAGAGAUCACUACAUUGAGAAGGAAAGUGCGUAUGAACAUUCGCAUGGUUUCGAGAGGAGAAACGAUCAUGAUGUGGUGGAUAGGAAUGGUUACAAGGAAAGAGUUUUCGAAAGUGGUGAAGGAGAUUGGCGUGGUGAUAGGUCUUAUGGUGAUAAAACUGGCAGGGGAAGCAAUGGGAACAGUGCUCACGAAGGAAGGAGCCAAGAAAGAAAGAGAGAUGAUAGUAUUAUGCCUGAUGGUGGUGGGCGUGGCAGAGAUCACUUAUCUAAUUCAAGUGGAGAUCACAGUUUUCAGGUGAAAGAAGAACUGGAAGCGCUGAUUAAGAUGCGCGAGGCACUUCAUGGUGAGGUACUGGUGAUGGAAGACAGAUUGGGAGAAAAAGAAGCAGUGUGCUCGGAGCUACAGAAAAAGUCUAAGAGAUUAGAGGAAUUACUGAUUAAUGAAAAGAAACUGACUUCACAACGAAGAAAAGAAUUGGCAAAGCUACAUAAAUCUUUUUCAAAGGUUAGAGAGUGCACGGACAACCUGAAAGACUCUGAACAGGAACUCCAGUCGCUUAUUAAUUCAACAGCUAGAGAAGGCGUGGCAGGUGCUGAUGAAGAACUUGGAAACGGGUAUGUGUAGUAUAAGUCGCAGCGUAAUGACUGCAGUCAUUGGCAUGUAUGAUUUGUUCAGUCAUAAGUUUAGCUUUGGCUCUUUUUUUUUCCGAGCCGAGCAAGUUGGAUUUGGUACUGGUUGGAUCAGAUCAAAACUGGUUUUGGGCUUGGAAAUGUUUAAGAGACUAGCUAAGUGUGCAGAUCUUAACUACGUGAAACGCUCUUUUGUAAGAGUUUAAUUUAUAUCAUUUGCUCAUCAAUUUAAUUGACGAACAAACUUCACGAAUCAACCAUCGAUGG